UGGCACCGAGGCGGGUCGCCGCUGCCGUUCCAUAUUCAAACUUUACGAAAACUAAAUACCAUAGACAGUUAUGUUUUUAAAUGGUUUAAAUACCUGCCGUGGAGUUAUUUGAGCUAUAUUUAUCAGAGUACAUUUGGCACGCUCUUGCAUUUCGUUUAUUUAUAGAUGUAGUCCGGUUUAGUGCAGUUUUGAAGAUACUUCACGUGUGUAAAAUAGUUUUGGAGUUACGGUGAAAUAAAAGACGGAGGAUGGACGUGUCGCGGCCAUCAUGCGCCGCCUUCUUCUGCCUGCUGCUCCUGUGCUUUACACAAUUUGCAGAAUGCCUGAACGCGAAGAUAAACUUCAGGGAGAAGGAGAAACAGAUCCUGGACCAGAUCCUCGGGCCGGGGCGGUACGACGCGCGUAUCCGGCCCUCCGGCAUCAACGGGACUGGCGAGGCUCCCACGUUAGUGCGAGUCAACCUGUAUCUCCGAUCUAUCAGCAAAAUAGAUGAUUAUAAAAUGGAAUACUCCGUUCAGCUGACGUUCAGAGAACAAUGGUUAGACGAACGGUUGAAAUUCAACAACUUGGGCGGCCGGCUCAAAUAUCUAACCCUUACGGAGGCCAACCGCGUGUGGAUGCCGGAUCUCUUCUUCUCAAACGAGAAAGAGGGUCACUUCCACAACAUCAUCAUGCCUAAUGUCUACAUCCGGAUCUUCCCCAACGGGAACGUGCUGUACAGCAUCCGAAUCUCGCUGACGCUGUCGUGCCCCAUGAACCUGAAGUUGUAUCCGCUGGACAAGCAGACGUGCUCACUCAGAAUGGCCAGUUAUGGCUGGACAACAGAUGACCUGGUGUUCCUAUGGAAGGAAGGUGACCCAGUGCAAGUCGUCAAGAACCUACACCUACCGCGCUUCACGCUCGAGAAGUUCCUCACUGAUUACUGCAAUAGCAAGACUAAUACUGGUGAAUACAGUUGCCUGAAGGUAGACUUGCUGUUCAAGCGCGAGUUCAGUUACUACCUGAUCCAGAUCUAUAUCCCCUGCUGUAUGCUGGUCAUCGUGUCCUGGGUGUCCUUCUGGCUAGACCAGGGCGCGGUCCCUGCCAGGGUGUCGCUAGGAGUAACAACGCUCCUGACGAUGGCGACCCAGUCGUCAGGCAUCAACGCCUCCCUGCCUCCCGUCUCCUACACGAAGGCCAUCGACGUGUGGACGGGCGUCUGUCUCACCUUCGUCUUCGGAGCGUUGCUAGAAUUCGCUCUAGUGAACUAUGCGUCCCGCUCCGAUAUGCACAGAGAGAACAUGAAGAAGACGCGCAGGGAGAUGGAAGCGGCCACAGCGAACCUGGACGCUGCCUCGGACCUGUUGGACACAGAUAGCAACGCCACCUUCGCGAUGAAACCGCUGCGCGGCGGCGAAACGAAGAUGCGGCAGUGCGAGGUCCACAUGAACCCCGCGCGCAAGAACUGCUGUCGCCUGUGGAUGUCCAAGUUCCCCACCCGCUCUAAGAGGAUAGACGUCAUCUCAAGGAUCACCUUCCCGCUGGUCUUCGCCCUCUUCAACCUGGCCUACUGGUCAACCUACUUAUUCCGUGACGAGGACGAAGAGAACUGAUUCGCGCGCGACGCCGCCGCGGCCCCGCAGCACGUGCGGCUCGCCGUCGCCGUGCUGGCGCCCUACGCGCUCUUCGCGCUCGCCUACGCGCUCUUCCUCCGCCAACGGCCUCUCUCCGAAACCUUCUGUCCCUGCUACCGCCCUGGUACUUGUACGGAUUGGCGGAGCAAGCGGGGGUCAUCUCCGGCCUCCAGUGUCAUGCUCACUGUUAGGACGGAGAACGAUGAGCGAGGGCGUAGGUCUUAAGGCUUUAGACUCGUGAAAGCUAUAGUUUACGACUUGUUGUACCACCGCCCUGGUUGUCCAGAUUGGUGGAUCAAACGGCGGUUGUUUCCGGACUCCAGUAUCAUGCUCAGUUGCUCACUGUUAUGAUGAAGAAGCGCGACAUGAGGGCGCGGGUCCUAACGCUAUUAGACUAGUAAAAGGCUGUAGUUUGUGACUUGCUGGGAAAUUCGGAGUUUUUACAAGGUGAAAUUAAAGUUCUCAUGAUCUUACUGCAGCUAACUGGUACCUUCUGCCCUGAUUAUUCUCACGUGCUAGUAAAAUGCUUACGAGCGAGCGAAAAAGUUGUAAACACAGACUUUUGAGCUUAUACUCGUAUUGUUUAACUGGAGCUGUGCCAAUAGGUUUAACUACUCUACCUCUAAAAUAUCAGUCCAGUAUCUACUAACCAGUACUUCGUAGCAAGAGCAUAGGCACGAAUUAAUUGAGAUUGAGGGACACAAGAUUAGUUAGGUUAGGUUAGGGACAGUGGAACUAACAAGAGGCUAUCAUUAGUUGUUAGUUGGGAAAGAAAAUAUUCAGAAUCCUAUGCUGAGAAGUCUCCAGGGUAAUAUGAUAAUAAAAUCAUGAUAAUAAUUACGAGUAACCUAAGCAAGUCAUAAACUAGACGAAAUGAAAUAUUUGUUGUGAUAACAGUACCAAUAACACCAACAUUUCUCGUUCUGUUCUUCAAGAAUCAGACAAGUUUCACACUUGAUCGUGUGAACUUUACACGAAAUAAAUCAUUAUUUAUCUUCAUUUUGAGUCUAAAAGAAGCCGUUCUGAAAUUGGAUGUAAAUAUGAAAUAUGACAAGCUUAAAACUAAGGCAGGCGUCAGGCGCGGGAUAAUAUAGCCUAUAAACAUAACCUCACAUUUACGAUUUUGGUUCACUGCGUUAGCGUUAAGUCUUAUACAUUUACAGUAUGUAUAAAUAAGAUAAUAAUAUGUAGAUAGAAUUAUAGAUUAAUCAAAGGGAAGCGUACUUUCCCUUCGACGGCGGCGCAAUGUGUGACAUCUGAAUUAGUUAUAGGUACAAAACAUUUUCCUUUUAGAAAAGUUUUCGAUAAUUUUACCAAAACUCCAUGAACGGAGACUUACAGACGUAAGUAUUUAAGAUAUAUGAUUCGGUUUGCCAGAUACACACGAGAUUUGAAUCCGUAUCCCAUUUGAAAUACCGUUCAAAAUCGUGUGGAUUAAGGUAACCGCCCUAUAAAAGCGUGCAUGAAUGUGUGAAUGUAGGAGUAUAUUAAGGGUCAGUAUAUUAACUUAUUGAUACCGAUUACACUGCAAUAUGAACUCGACUCUAUCUCUUAUAACGUAGAGUCAAAUAUCCAUCACUUGGGAGUAGUCGGAGAACAUACUAUUGUAAGAAGGCCUAGUAUCGGUAGGUUUCAUUCAUAAUUUAUACUAAGUUCUCGUCUAUAAGACAAAAGGAAUUUAUAAAACAAUUUAAUCAUUACCUAUAAUAUAUAGAGCAUAGAUAAAUAAAGGUCAUGCAUUUCUUAUUAAAACUUAAAUCCGGCUCGAAGGACCAUCGUUAAAAUGAAUAUCAUUUGAGAAUGCCGUUUUAGGUUUUAGUGAGAAAUACAAGAGGUAUGGUGUAAAUAGUUGGGCCUACAAAUUUCUACACCUGUGUCGCUCAGUGUACAGAACUCUGUUAUCUAAGAUGUUUAUUAAAUUACUAAAAUACUCUUAAAAUAUGUUAAGAUAUUUCAAUAUUAAUUUAUAAUCAUCUAUACUUCGUGUCACUGUAAAUAAUUUAGACUACGUUAGCGACUCUAUUCAAUGUUUCCUACGUAUCGAUGUUUUAAUUAAAUACUCUUACACUUCUUCACGUUUAAAAUAUGAACACACAUUCACACUUUACAAAUAUAUUGUGAAAGUAUCACUAAUGCUGUGUUCGUUCGAUGUUGGCGUCGACGCCACUUGAUGCACCAUCGUUUGCUUCCGCGAUUCAGUCGCUUAUGUUCCAUUUACAUAAAUCGAAUUACAGAAUAAAUAUACUAUUUGCUCAUUUUUCUAUUUCCGUCCCUUUUCAUUUCCAUUGGUCUUGAAGUUUGGGUUGUAAUGUAACAUGGUUAUACUAGUUGAUAUAAGUAGCGAAUACUGAUAAUUUAGCACGUAUUCUUAUUUACCUAGAUAUGUCCCUUAUUAGAUAUUCUUGGCUGUGAUGGCAACCUUAAAAGUUACGAUAUACUUGCCUAAUCAAAAACUUAUGAUUUUUAUGGCCUGGCAACACAAGUUUUGAUACCAAUCUGAAUUUAUCCGUUAAGUCAAUUAAAGUUUUCGAAAACGCAUCUACAUAUCGAUACUACAAAGGAAAAAGGCAAAAAUAAAUCUAACCAAAUAUAAAUGUACAGGACAAUUUAUGAAUGAAAUACCGGAACGUUAAUUAAUAUUUUAAUUUUAUUACUUUAAAUAAUCGUCACAAACAAAUGUCAGGAAACAAAUAAGUUUACAAAACUAGUUUCUGUAGAUUUAUAAAGUCUGUGUUCUUUGCAUUUUAAGUAUUAAUCAAUACCUAAUUAGUAAUGUUUAGUGAUGAAAAAUAUGAAUAUUACAACUGAGAACACUAGGAAGAUGAUGAUGAUGAAAUAACAAAGAUACGUAAUGAAAAACAGCCCAUUUAAACAAAUAUGUAUAAUCAGCAAAAUACAAUAAUAUUACAUAAAAAAGAAUCGAGUAUAAAUAUUACUUGUAGAUACAAAAUAUUAUACAAUAAACUAUUUAUUUACCUUAAAAUUCAAAGAACCAGACUAUUCACAAAAUUUUAGAACAUAUGAGUUUUUGAUAAAAUUUAAAUAAGUUUUUAAAUAAAAUGUCAAUGAUGUAAAAUGAAGUGCAACAAAUAUCCAGCCAAUAUCCGUUAAGUCAUACGAUUCGACCAAUCAGCGACCGUAAAAAAAUCGUUGACCAAUCAUGAUCGUGCAAUGACUAGCACCUCACUUCACGUCACUUUGAUGACCAUAAAUAAUGGUAUAUUAUCUUGUAUCUGUGGUAAGUAAUAAUGGAAGACAUAGGUUUUUGAAAUAUUAAAAAGUAUAUGUAAAAAGUUAAUUGAAAAGACAAAGCGCAGAAUCCCUUGCUCUGUUUAUAAAGAGUUAGAGAUAUGUGCGAGAAAGCGAUGACAACAGAUCCAAUUGAUAAUAUGUAUAAUACAAAAUUAAUUGUUACUUUAGCCGAUUAGAACCCUUUAAGUUGAAAAGGACGGCAUAAUGAAAUGCGAAUUUCAAAAAGUGAUUUUUAAUAAAUGUAUACCCAUCUGAA